GGGCCGCGCGGCGCGGGAGCCUGGGAAGGCUGCAGAGCUAGAGCAGCGCCGCCCGAGGGGCCGCAGGGGCUGACCACAGAGAGCGCGGGGGCCUCCAGCCAAGAGGAAGGGAGGGCAGCUCGGGCCGAAGUCGUUGGCUUCGUAAGAGCAGGGUCUGUGGGAAGCCGCCUCAGCGUGGGUUCUUGGAAGAGGUGGAGGUUCGUUCACUCGACGUUUGUUACACAAAUAUGAAAACAGGGUGACGAAAGUUUGAACGUUCAUGAAUGGCAGUAGCUGCAAAGGAGUUGUGUAUGCAGUUGGUAUUAAUGACGUUUUCAGUCCCUCUGGCGAGAGAAAAGCGAGCGAGUCGGGCGGCUUGUGAGGGAAAUGUGGCAUGAGAGGAAAGAGGAAGUUUGGAGAGGCUUAUGCGGUACCUGAUUCAUCCAGCAAAUUAAGACCUGCCAACUUUUUGAUAAUCUCGUCAAUAAAUUACAGAACAAUUGUUCCUUUCAAGAUUUAUUCAAAACGUGUCAACUCUGCUUAAUUAAGCACUUUGAUGAUUUAAGAAAUCUUGGAAAUCCUUUUGUACUAUUGCUCAUUCAUACUUGUUCAUCAAAGCCUGGAGUCCUUAAGGACAGAAUUUACCUCUAAACAGAAAGAUGGAAACUAAAGUACAUUUAUUCUGCCAGGCAGAGAAAAAUAUUGACUUAUUAGAUGAUGGCUCUAAUUCUUUUGCAACUGACUUGUCAUCAGGAACUAUUAACCACAAGAAAUACAUCAAGUUUUCUAAAACAAUAGAGAAGAAAAUUUCACUGGAAAUUAGGAGUUUGAGCCCAGAAUAUAAAAAAAUAUUUGAAACAUCAAUAAUCCUUUGUGGAGAAGAAAAGUCCUCUGAUUUUUCAGGAGAAAAAAAAGUUGGGAGAAAGAGUUUACAAGUACAACAGCACAGUAAAAGAACUGAGAUUAUCCCUCCUUUUCUGAAGCUGUCAAAGGAGAAGGUGACAAGGAAAGAAAACUCUUUAUGCAAGUUGCCGAAUCAGUACAGCGUUCACAAGACUUCAUCACCUCUUUGUACAUCUUCUGCAAUUACUCGGGAAAAAGAAAUGCUGUCUAACCUCUACAUGACAUUAUAUGAUGAAGUAACCCAUGGAUAUUUACACUCAAAAGAAUUAAGUGGUAAUAAGAGGUUCUUAAAUUUCUUGAAUACAUUUCCUGGUUAUGUGCUUUUUAGGAAUUGUUUCAGCAGUUAGUGCCUCUUCAUCUACUCCUAAUGGCUUAUGGUAUCAACUGACAAUACAUGAUAUGGCAAAUGCUGCGGGCUGUGAGGAAGCAAAAGUAGGUAGUUUAAUCCAUAAAUAUCUUUGGUUGUAUUGGUAAGAUAGGGAAAAUAUAAUAUGCAGCUUAUACUAGUUCAAAUGUAUUUUUUGGAAAAAUGUCUGCAUAUUACAUCCCAUGGAUAAAUUAGUAAGUGCUGGAGUCACUGAUAUCACUGGAAUUUAGUCUUUGGUAUCUUAAUAUUAAGGCUUAUACUACCCUUCACUCCUUCAUGACACUGACCUCUCCCGUAUCUUGGGUUUCUCCUUUAUACUUAUGGAAUAAUUUCACUUAGUUUUCCUUUUACCUUAACUCUGGUUGUCAUAUUGUGUAUCUUAGUGUCCAAAUGGGUGACUCAUACUUCUGGAGCUUCACACGUUCAAAACCAAUAAUUUUACCUUGAUUCCCCUGACCAACACUGAUGGCCACAAAUUACACAUUGUCAUUAUGUGAAAAUCUCAGACUUCAAUGUCUUAUUCUUCACUCACAAUCUCUUACACUUCCAGCUCUUUUUAUUUAGAAUUUUAUUUCCUUGACCUCUCCAUUUGAUGCCACUAUGAUUGUAUGAUUUCCAACCUCAGCUGCCCUUAGCACCAGUUGGUAUUCCCUUUAAGUUUUGGUGUGAUCUCUCCUGUUUCCUUUGGUAUCUAUUCCAAACCUUCACUACUCUCCUCAAAUACUCAAUUAUGUCACCUAUCCAACUUUAAACAUUUAAAAAUGUUUUACUUAAUUAAAAUAAAAUUAAAACUUGCUAGUCUGAAAUCUAUGAAACUGAAUCUUUUCUCCCCUAUUUCUUUUGAAAAAAAUUUUAUUGUGGUAAAAAUAUUUAACAUGAGAUCUACCCUCUUAACAGAUUUUUAAAAUGUAAGUUAUUCUUAUCUAUAGGCACAAUAUUGUACAGUAUUUCUAUAGAACUUAUUCAUCUUGUGUAACUGAAAUUUUAUACUCACUGAUUAGCAACUCACUAUUUCCUCAUACCCCCUGCUCCAGGCAACUACAAUUCUAUUCUUUGUUCCGUAAGUUUGACUAUUUUAGAUGCUUUAUAUAAUUGGAAUUCUGUAGUAUUUGUCCUUCUGUAACUGGCUUAUUUCACUUAGCAUAACGUCCUUCAUAUUCAUUCAUGUUAUUACAUAUUACAGGAUUUUCUUCUUUUUAAAGGCUGAUUGAUAUUCUGUCAUAUGUAUAUAACGUACUUCACCCCCCCCCAUUUAUCUGACAUUUAGGUUGUUUCCACAGAUAUUUAGAUUGUUUUCCAUAGGUUGGCUAUUGUGAAUAGUACUGCAGUGAACAGGGGAGUACUACUGUCUCUUCAAAAUCCUGGUUUUAAUUCUUUUGGAUAAAUACCCAGAAGUGGGAUUACUGGAUCAUGUGGCUUUGCUUUUUCAUGGAGAGUUAGUAAGGGCUGUUGGGAAGCUUCCUAAACUCCUUGAUAUUCUUACCUACAAACAACAUUCAUAUCCUUUCAUCUUGUCUCAUUGGAAAAGGUGCCCUUUCACCAGAUAAUCCUUUCAUUUCUUGAUUUUCUUCUGCUUUCUCAAGGCCUAUGCUUUGCUAAUUUUAUACUCAAUAUUUUUUCAGAGAAGCCUUUUGAAGGAGUUGUUUUCAUUAGUUGCUGAAUUUUCUCACUUCCCAUUUCAUGGAAAUCUGGCUUCCACCUCCAAAAUUCUACUAAAACUUAUUUUAUUAAAGCCAUUAUUAUCAACUCUUUAGUCAUUAUUUUGUAUUUAUCACUGUUAGGGCUAGGUGAGGUGGCUCAUGCCUGUAUUCCCAGCACUGCGGAAGGCCAAUGUGGGAGGAUCAUUUGAGACCAGGAGUUCAAGACCGGCCUGGGCAAUAUAGUGAGAUCCCAUGUCUACAAAAAAUAACAAAAACAAAAAAUUAGUUGGGCAUGUUGGCACACAGCUGUAGUCCUAGCUACUGGAGAGGCUGAGGUAGGAGGAUUGUUUAAGCCCAGGAUUUCGCGACAGGAGUUUGAGACUGCAGUGAGCCAUGAUCGCACUACUGCAUUCCAGCCUGGGCAACAGAGAAACUCUGGCUCUAAAAAGACAAACAAAAACAGCACUAUCAUCAAUUGCCUCUUUUCUGAAAAUAAAGUGUAGUAUCCACUGAACCAAAAAAUUCAGUUCAAUAGACAUUUUUUUGAGAAUUUCUUAAUUAGGCACUAGAAACAGAAGAAUGAAAAAUCUUGCUCCAUAGAAGCUGACAGUUUAGUGAGGGAUAUUGACAUGCAAGCAAUCAUAAUACCAAGGGCUUUCACUGAGAUACAUAGUAAGUGCUAUGGGAACACAGGGGAAAAAUUUACCAUUCCUAGGGCAAGUUGUGGAAGCCUUUGCCUAUGUGCCCUUGUGUGACUUGUCUGACAGUUUCUGAAAGUUCUUUAGGAAACAGGUUGAAAGAUUUGAAUAUUAAAAGAUUGAAGAGGGUGGGGUAAAAAAGAAACAAGUUUGAAAGGCUGAAAACACAGAUUGGCUCCCUUUUUAGUGAUUAUUAUUUUUUUGAGAGUGGGGGGAAUAAGGAUAAUUAUUCUUUUUGAUUAAUUAACUAAAUGUUUUGUUAUGUGUGUGCAGCACUUCAUAAAGCCUGUAAAAUUUUUAGUAAAAUUCGAAGUGGUAAGAUUUAUGUGAAUGAUCUUCCAGUGAUCCUUUGCAUCUUGAGAAUUUCUAUAAGUGAUUUAGAAAUGCGACAGGCACUAAAGACUGUUGAUAUUGAUGGUUAAGUUUUAUCUUUUCAGUAUUAGUUUAAGGGUCUGCAAUCAUAAAUAUGUUUGUCAGAUUAAUUACAAAUGAUAGGAAAGCUAAACCUUAAAAUAUAUUGUAAAAACAUCAUUUUUGGUCAUAUUGUAUGUUACAAAACAUUUUUACAUGUUACAAGAACAUUACUUACAAUAAUGAUAUUGAAAAUUGGCCUCAGGUUUAUGUAAUUGGAUUGAUUAAUUACUAGACUGGAUUAUGGCGUAUUCUCAUUAUUGUUCCACGCAUGGUCUAAUCUUAUUUAGUUACGUAAUUUAAAUAAUGUAAUAAAUACUUGACCCAACCACCCAAAAUAAAAAGUAGGACCUUGUCAAUAAUUUACAUCCAACUGUAAACUUUCCUAAGCAACCUAUUAUUCUGUUUUCCCCAACCUGAGGUAAGAAUUAUCUUGAAUCCUAUAUUCAUUAUUCUCUUAUUUUUCUGUUUAAAUAGUAUUAUUGUUAUGGAUAGGUAUUUUUGUAAAAUAGUUCAAAAAUUUUAGUUGUUUAAAAAACUUUAGUAAACAGUUUUUCAUGAUGUAUAUAAUCUUUUGUUUUUUCCCGUAAUAUUAUAUGACUAAGAUUUAUUCA